GCCGGGCCCCCGCCGCAGCCAUGCCGGCCGGCCGGGCCGUGCGCACCUGCGCGCUGCUCGCGCUCUGCCUCCUGGGCGGCGGGGCCCAGGAUUUCGGGCCGACGCGCUUCAUCUGCACCUCGGUGCCCGUGGACGCCGACAUGUGCGCCGCGUCCGUGGCCGCGGGCGGCGCCGACGAGCUCCGGACCAGCGUGCUGCAGCUCCGCGAGACGGUGCUGUCCCAGAAGGAGACCAUCCUGAGCCAGAAGGAGACCAUCCGCGAGCUCACCUCCAAGCUGGGCCGCUGCGAGAGCCAGAGCACGCUGGACACGGGCGCCGCGCGCAAGCCGGCCGGGGCCCCGGCCAAGAACACCAUGGGCGACCUGUCCCGGACGCCGGCCGCCGAGACGCUCAGCCAACUCGGGCAAACUUUGCAGUCGCUCAAGACCCGCCUGGAGAACCUGGAGUACAGCCGCCUCAAUUCCUCCAGCCAGACCAACAGCCUCAAGGAUCUGCUGCAAAGCAAGAUCGACGACCUGGAGAGGCAGGUGCUCUCGCGGGUCAACAGCCUGGAGGAGGGCAAGGGGGGCGCCAGGAACGACACGGAGGAGCGGGUGAAGAUCGAGAGCGCGCUGACCUCGCUGCACCAGCGCAUCAGCGAGCUGGAGAAAGGUCAGAAGGACGGUCGCCCCGGCUCCAAGUUCCAGCUGACCUUCCCGCUCCGCACCAACUACAUGUACGCCAAGGCCCGCCGCAGCCUGCCCGAGAUGUAUGCCUUCAGUGUCUGUAUGUGGCUCAAGUCCAGCGCUGCCCCUGGUGUGGGCACCCCCUUCUCCUACGCGGUGCCCGGCCAGGCCAACGAGCUGGUGCUCAUCGAAUGGGGCAACAACCCCAUGGAGAUCCUCAUCAACGACAAGGUGGCCAAGCUGCCCUUUGUGAUCAACGACGGCAAGUGGCAUCACAUCUGUGUCACCUGGACCACACGUGACGGCGUGUGGGAGGCUUACCAGGACGGCACGCAGGGCGGCAGUGGCGAGAAUCUGGCACCAUACCACCCCAUCAAGCCACAGGGCGUGCUGGUGCUCGGCCAGGAGCAGGACACCCUGGGUGGAGGGUUCGAUGCCACCCAGGCUUUCGUGGGCGAGCUGGCCCAUUUCAACAUCUGGGACCGCAAGCUGAGCCCCGGGGAGGUGUACAGCCUGGCGACUUGCAGCGCCAAGGCCCUGUCGGGCAACGUCAUCGCCUGGGCCGAGAGCCAGAUCGACAUCUACGGCGGAGCCACCAAAUGGACAUUCGAGGCCUGUCGCCAGGUCAACUGAGCCCUCGGCCGGCCUCACCCACCCGUGCUUGUGCGGUGAUGGCCCGUCCGUCUGGCCCCCGUCCCCCGAGCCUGGCGUCCCCCCCUGCACGCGAGGCAGGCCUGCCCCCCUCCCCGCCCGUCUCAGGCAUGCCUGAUCCCAGCACCACCCGCGCUGCGGCUUCGCACCCUGGGAUGUGGUGAGAGGGGACAAGCGCGUGAGUGCACGUGUGUGCACCUGCGUUUGUGUGUGUGCGUGCUUAUGUGUGCACAUGUGUACGUGUGUGCUUGUGAGUGUGUUAACAUGUGCGUUGUGAGUGUACAUGUGGGUGUGUGCAAGAGUGACUGUCAUGAGGCGUGAGGGAACUUUCUCUAAGGGGAGUGUUCCCUUCCCUCCUCCUGGGGCCUGGAGAAGAACCGUUCUGAACUCGCUGGCUGGAGCCCUGUCUGCUCUUUGGCACCUGCUGUCUCCAAGGCCGUGUCCAGCUGUGCCUCCCGCUGACCCCCACCCCUGCCCCCUUUUCCCCUUUUUCCCUCCCUCCUGCUGCCACUGCAGCCCCUUGUGCAUGGUCAGGAGGGACCAGAGGCCUGUGGGCCCUUGCAGGAAGAAUCGUGGAGACAGGAAGCUCAUAUCCAAGAGCCAAGCCUGUGGCUGCUCCUGGAAUAACAGUUGUUUUUAUUUUUUGCUUUCCAGAAUAAUAGUUCUUCCUCACACAGGGUUCUGGGGAGCAGCGUGGACCUGGCCCCUCACCCUGCACUAAGCAGCUGCACCUGCAAACCCCCAUUCCCAGAACCCCAACUUUCCCAUCACGAAACAGCUGUGCAUGCUUCCUCUGGCCCUGGGAGGAGGGAAGAAAGAGUGCAAAUUCGUGCAAGUAUUUAAGUAUGUGUGUUCCUGGAAACGCAUGUGUAUGCAAAUUUGUGUACAUGUCUAAGUAUAUGUGUUCAGGUCUUGGUGUGCAAGUAUGUGCAAACGUGUGCAAGCAUGUAAAUGU